ACCGUGGUUUGUGAGGUAUGGGGUGAGCGUGUAGUGAUUGCGCAACCAGUGAAAAGGAAGGAAAGAAAGAAAAGAAAAGAAAAGAACGAAGAAUCCGACGGCGGACCAGGUGAGAAAGAGAGAAAUUGCAACGAUUCUCCGCACUAAUUGUCUCUCUGUAGAAUUCCUCUUAACGAUUCGAUCAAAAUCUCGGUUAUUAGCGUUUGGUACCGCUGCUCAAAAUGAACAAAUUGGGUAGAGGGCAACGGGACAAAGUGCAGCAAUUCACGACGGUUACGGGGGCAAGUGAAAAAAUCGCUAUUCAGGCUUUGAAAGCUACUGAUUGGCAUCUUGAAGGAGCAUUUGAUGUAUUUUACAGCCAGCCGCAUAUCAAAUCUUUUGCUGACACGAGGCGUUUGGAAGAACUGUACAAUAGAUACAAAGAUUCACAUGCUGAUAUGAUUUUGGCUGAUGGAAUCAGUUACCUGUGCAAUGAUCUUCAGGUGGACCCUCAGGAUAUAGUCAUGUUGGUGGUCUCAUGGCAUAUGAAGGCUGCUACUAUGUGUGAAUUUUCGAAGCAGGAAUUCAUUGGUGGAUUACAGUCUCUUGGGAUAGAUUCACUGGAGAAGUUCAGGGAAAGAAUACCAUUUAUGCGUUCCGAGCUUAAAGACAGUCAAAAGUUCCGAGAGAUAUAUAACUUUGCUUUUGGCUGGGCAAAAGAGAAGGGUCAGAAGUCUUUAGCAUUGGAUACAGCAAUUGGGAUGUGGCAGUUGCUAUUUGCAGAAAAGCAGUGGCCAUUAGUUGAUUAUUGGUGCCAGUUCUUACAGGAGCACCAUAACAAAGCAAUAUCUCGGGACACCUGGUCCCAGCUACUGGAGUUUGCAAGGACCAUUGAUCCUACUUUAUCAAACUAUGAUCCUGAAGGUGCUUGGCCAUAUCUUAUUGACGAAUUUGUUGACUACUUGAACGAAAAUGGCAUAAUUCACAAGGGAAAAUCAAGUGAUUGGAGCUUCAAGCAUUAAUGGGUUGCUCAGGUAUGUAGCAAAUGCUGGUCUUUGCCUACAAGUCGAUCAUUAAAGGUUGAAAUUCGAAAAGAAAAUAGGACAAGAAGCAAUCGCUUGUAAAAUACUCUAGUUCAUUUGGAACUAUACAUUCGUAUUUCUUGUCGUUUGACUAUUUUAUGGUCCAUUCUGUUAGAAGCAAUUGUUCAGAUAUUUUAUUUAUAAUUUGAAUAAAGAAUGAAUGCAGCUUGUUUGUUGUGAAA